GUGCGUGGUGUGUAUGGCGCGAUAGGACCUGGAACGUUGGAGGCUGGGACGACAAUUAGGUGAAUCAACAUGACGCGCCAUGGCAAGAACUGCACGGCGGGCAUGGUGUACACGUACCAGGAGCGCAAGAAGGACGCGCGGCAGUCGGGCUAUGGCACUGACCAGAUCCGCACCAGCAAGGACUCGGUGAAGGACUUCGACUGCUGCUGCCUGACGCUGCAGCCCUGCCGCGACCCCGUCAUCACACCGGACGGCUAUCUCUACGACAAGGAGGCCAUUCUCGAGUACAUCAUCACAAAGAAGAAUGAAUUCAGCCGCAAAAUGAAACAGUACGAAAAGGAAAAGAGACAAGAAGAGCUGGAGAUGGAGGAGCUGGCGGCCGCCGAGCAGCGGUCUCGCCUCCGCAGGUUCGAGGGCCAGGAGUCGAGCAUCAUCAGCAAGCUGGGAGCCGCCGCCGGCGCCGCCGCCACCACCGCCACCGCCGGGGCUGGCCCCAGCGGCGACGCCUCCGUCUCCAACAUGACGGCCGACAAAGCGCGUAAGCUGCCGUCCUUCUGGAUCCCGAGCUUGACGCCGGCUGCCAAGAAGAGCGUCAUCAAGAAGCCGGACAAGACGGUGCUGUGUCCGAUGAGCGGGCGGCCGCUGCGCGUCAAGGACUUCAUCGCCGUGGUCUUCACGCCCGUCUGUGACCCGCACGACAAGACGGCGCUCAUCUCCAAGCGCAACCGGUUCAUGUGCCGCGUGACGCACGACAUCCUUGGCAACACGGUGCCGGCGGCCGUCCUGCGACCCACCGGAGACGUGGUCACCAUGGAGUGCGUGGAAAAGCUGAUCAGAAAGGACAUGCGGCACCCGGUGACGGGCGAGCUGCUGACCGAGGCCGACAUCAUCCCCCUGCAGAUGGGAGGCACCGGCUUCGCCGGCACCAACGACCAGCUAUCCACCAGCGGCGCACGACCCGUCAUGCAGGUCUGAGCCGGCCGCGGACGUGCCGUCUCCUGGAGUGUAGCCGGCCACGAACGUGCCGUGUCCCCGUGUCCCGGAGCGGAGCCGGCCACGGAGGUACCGUGUCUCGGAGCGGAGCCGGCCACGGACGUGCCGUCUCCUGGAGUGUGGCUGGCCCCGGACGUGCCGUCUCCUGGAGUGUAGCCGGCCCCGGACGUGCCGUCUCCUGGAGUGUAGCCGGCCACGGACGUGCCGUCUCCUGGAGUGUAGCCGGCCGCGGACGUGCCGUCUCCUGGAGUGUAGCUGGCCCCGGACGUGCCGUCUCCUGGAGUGUAGCUGGCCACGAACGUGCCGUGUCCCCGUGUCCCGGAGCGGAGCCGGCCACGGAGGUGCCGUGUCUCGGAGCGGAGCCGGCCACGGACAUGCCGUCUCCUGGAGUGGAGCCGGCCGCGGACGUGCCGUCUCCUGGAGUGGAGCCGGCCACGGACGUGCCGUGUCCCCGGAAUGGAGCCGGCCGCCCUACGGCGGCGGGCGGUUUGGGUGGCUGCCUUGGGCGCCGCAUGGCACGCCGGCCGAGCUUCGUGCGCCGAUCUCCGACGGGGCGCGUUGUGACGUCUGCAGGCUACAGAGUGACGUCUGUCGGCGCGUGGUCCCCGUCUGCAGGCCAUAGAGUGGCGUCUGUCGGCGCGUGGUCCCCGUCUGCAGGCCAUAGAGUGACGUCUGUCGGCGUGUGGUCGCCGGCUGUAGCCCGCAGAGUGCUGGGCCACACAGUGUCGUACCGGUGCCCAUUGUGCUGCGAUGCGCCAUGGGGCGAUGAUGGCUCGGCUGACGGCGGCCAGCAAAGCCAGCCGUGUGUUGGGUCGUUAGCUGCACUGCUGCUGAACUCCUGAGCUGGAAGCUUCAGUCGCCAUUGCUGACGUCCUUAUCAUGCGUUGUGUAUAGUUGCUGUGACGCUCUGCGUAGACUGUUCCCAAAGUUCCCAAGUCGAUCUUGCAACUUUUCCAUGAAACUUACGUAUUGCCCAGGUGAUCGUUUUAAACGCAUGUGAUACGUGCAAAAUUGACGUGCGAGGGCGUGAUAACAAACUGAAGCAAGCUGACGCGGCGACUGCAGUGGACGACAAUUCAAAUGUGACUCAUACCCUUGUUCCCUAGCGAAGGAUGUUAUCGUGCAAGGUCUAGCGACCAGUUACCGGCAUCUUAAUGAAUUUUUCUCCGAAUUUGUUUCAUUUUUCAUGGUGCAUUGUCAUGGUACAAGGAAAGUGACACCUGCGCUGCAAGUUGCGAUGCAGGAUGUGAUUGCAGUUAACUUACAUUCAUUGAAAAUGGUUUGCAGCACCUUUAUAUGUCAUUUACAACAACAUUUAAUGUCUCCUUACCGAUCACAAAGUCCGUCACCUGGCAAACGUUUGCCGCGCACAGCAGAGGCUCCGCAAGCGAUUUCAGUGGAGCGUAGAGUACCAACUGGUCCCGGUGUAAGACCGUCCAAACCCCGCACCACUCCGAACUGUGACCGAAUUCCGGCGGACGACGGUACGGCGUGAGUCCACGGGUGGGUCCACGUGUACACAAUUAACGUGUUCGAACCACCAAACGUCGCUUCGAUGUAAUCACUAACGCGUCACUUCCCCUUGGCAACUUGGUUGUGCCGUCGUAUACCUCUAAUUAAGAAAGUAAAUGAGUAAAUGUGUCGUUAGCGACGAGAAACUACGUUUAUAGUUCCAUAAAAUGUGAAUUUGUGGAGUGUAAAUAAAAUGUCCUACGCUUCA